AUGGGAACUCGUCGUGUAUCAUCGCCAUGCGGUGAUUUCACUCUUUUCUUCACCAUGCAAAGUCCUUUUUCGAAUUUCCAUCCAUGCGUUUUCGAGCAGACGGCUAUGGAUGGAUCCAGAAAACAGUUUUCGUGUGUCGAACAAUUCUAUAUGUACAGUAAGGCACUAUCGGCUAAUGAUAACAGAGCUGCGGAGCGCAUAAUGUCCGAACGCGAUCCAAAACAAAUGAAACGAAUCGGAAUGGAGAUCAUGGGAUUCAAUCGUGAUCGGUGGGAUUCCAUUAGUUCGGAUGUUAUGACGACCGCGCUUGAAGCGAAAUUCGUACAAAAUGCCCAGCUGCGUCAUUUGCUCUUUCUAACCCAUGGUUCGCGGCUCGUUGAAUGCUCGCCGUAUGACCUAAUUUGGGGCAUAGGGAUCUGCGUCCGUAUAGUCAGCUCAGGUCUUCCGAUCAAUAGCCCCGAUGCUGUAAACCCUUCACGAUGGCGUGGAAAGAAUCGCCUAGGAUCUCUCAUGGAUGCCGUACGUGAGAAGCUCUGGGCAAUGGAUGAAUACAGAGAUCAGCGUAAAGAAGUGGAAAAUCAAAUGAGUUUAUAUUCGGGUUAUGCGGAUCUGUACUUCUCGUCGAAAAUUCCAAGAUCUCGGAUUAACUAUGAAGGAACUAACUAUGCAGAUGGUGAAUCGUACGGUUAUCAUGGAAAGAAUCGCCAACGUAACGGCGGAGAUGCUUCUCGUGCAAGGCGGAGCGCUCAGGCUGAGGAGGAUUUGAUUGAAGCUGUUUGUAUGGAAAAGUGGAGGCGGAGUGGUCACGAAAACACAAAAGUGAGAAUCGAGAACUGCGAAGACCAACUGCCCGAAAAGUCCAGCUUACCAUCAACUCAGAAAGAAAAUCGUAAAUCUUCUCCUGAUUCGAUGUCAGCUCAUCAUGAAAAUGUGACAGAAAGUGAUGAUAUCAACAAAAAUAAUGCGAACACAGUUAGUACAAUGGAGAGGGACGUUAAAAAAUCCGAAGUUCUUCUAAAUGUAAUCGACCCUUCUAUACAAGAAAUUCUGCUGCCAGAGGAAACGCAACGAGCCAAAAAAAUGAAAACAUCUAAAACGGCGAUCGAAACUGAACAGAGCGGCUAUGUUCAGUCUGUUAAGGAUGAAGUGGCGACGAAGUUGAGUGCGUCUUGUCUGGAUGACUGCACACGUACCGAACCCUCUACGGAUAAUGGGGGUUUAGAAUUUAAAAUAAGAAAGAAAUUAACAGCACGGCGGAUAACUAAUAGUCAAAAUGAGAACCUAGAAUAUCACAAGAAGGAACGAAAAAAGCGUGAUAAAAGCCGUAGCAGAAGUCGCUCGAGGUCAAGGAAGGGGAAGUCUCGAUCUCGUUCAGCAUCAAAGAAGAUUAGAAGAAAUAGUGAAGCUGGGCAUAAAGACGAGCACUAUAGUCAUAGCCGUAAAGUGCGAAAGAGUGAAAAAAGAAGACGAUCGAGAAGCAAGGACAGAUCUAAGGAUGGACGUCGUGAAUCAAAAGAAGGUAAACGUCAGCGUGAAGAGAAGUUGAUGGAUAAAAAACUCUAUGUGAAAGAAGAAACAAAGUCAAGUGUUAAUUUGAAGGAGACAAAGAACGACAUUUCGCAUCCUGAUGAGAAUGUGGAAAACACUGAAUCUGCAGCAGAGGACAUCAGCGGACCAUCAGCAAUUAGUACUUCGAGAGCUGACAAGAUGAACAGCCUCCUCAAUAGAAUGAAGAAGAGACUUUCGUCAUUGUCCAAGCAAGCUAGGGAAUUAUUAUAUUAUGAUGAUAGUGCCGUGCACAAGUAUGGCCUCAUCUUGGUACAAUUUGCUACUGGUUCUAGUUGUGUCGUUGCUGUCAGCACCAUCUGUUUUGCGAUUCUUUCAACAUGGAACAAAGUGAUUGACUAA